CUGUCCAACUCGCAACUCGCGUUUCUCUAUAAGGGAUCUUUACUACUUCCCUGCCUAUGCGGCCGGAGCGCAGUGCCUCUCCCCAGCAGAGACAACCGCCUUCCAGGCACUGCUCAGAUUGCUUCCGACACCCUUAAAAUAAUACUGUUAGUAAUAAGUGGAUUCGCUUUUGGGUUUUGUUGAUUUUUUUUUCUUCUUAAAAAAAAAAAGAAAAAAAAGAAAAAAAAAAAGAGCUCCUUGUUCCUUUCCGUGUGGAAUAAACACCUGCAAACUCCCCCAGGCAGCUCGGCGCCCCUGCCAUGGAUUCCUUUAAAGGUGGAAUGAAUUUGGAGAGACUGCCUGAGAGCUUGAGACCCCAACCCUCCCAUGACAUGGCUUCCAGCUUCCAUUUGCAAAGAUCCUCGGAACCCAGAGACCCGAUCGACAACUCAGCCAGUGAAUCCUCUGACACGGAGGUGCCAGAAAAAGAGCGUAGCGGAGAGCAGAAAAACGAGGACGGGGCCGCCGACGACCCGGCGAAGAAGAAGAAGCAGCGGCGGCAGCGGACUCACUUCACCAGCCAACAGCUGCAGGAGCUGGAGGCCACCUUUCAGCGGAACCGCUACCCCGACAUGAGCAUGCGGGAGGAGAUCGCCGUCUGGACCAACCUCACCGAGCCCCGAGUCCGGGUUUGGUUCAAGAACCGCCGAGCCAAGUGGAGAAAGCGGGAGCGGAACCAGCAGAUGGACCUGUGCAAGAACGGCUACGUGCCCCAGUUCAGCGGGCUGAUGCAGCCCUACGACGACAUGUACGCCGGUUACCCCUACAACAACUGGGCUACCAAAAGCCUCACCCCGGCGCCACUCUCCACCAAGAGCUUCACCUUCUUCAACUCCAUGAGCCCCCUCUCCUCACAGUCCAUGUUCUCGGCGCCCAGCAGCAUCCCCUCCAUGAACAUGCCCUCCAGUAUGGGCCACUCGGGCGUGCCGGGCAUGGCCAACUCCGGCCUCAACAACAUCAACAACAUCAGCGGCUCCUCGCUCAACUCGGCCAUGUCCUCGCCGGCCUGUCCCUACGGGCCACCGGGCUCGCCCUACAGCGUCUACAGGGACACUUGCAACUCCAGCUUAGCCAGCCUCAGACUGAAAUCAAAGCAACACUCCAGUUUCGGCUACAGCAGUUUGCAAAGCCCCGGCUCUAGUUUAAACGCCUGUCAGUACAACAGUUGACGGACUUGACACAAACCACCUCCGACAAAACACCGCCGACAAAGC